GAACUCUGAAUUACCCCACUUGCCCUGAACCAUGAAUAAUCUCACUCGCCCUGAGUACAGUGCGAGCUGCUAGAGACGGAGGGGAAGGGAGUCGUGGUUUUGAGGCGGAGUGCGUUGCCGGCACGGCUCUAAUAGGUGCCCGCUAACAGCACGUGCCGCUCACAGUGGGCUCUUUGUCAGCGUAGCUUGGGCUGUGUCGUGUAAGAUAGUUGGGACUCGCGAGGGAAGACGCUGCUGCGGUCGAGAAUCUGUUGAGAGACGCGAAGAGGGAGCUGCGAUGGUGCCACUGUGUUAGCCAAGGGAGACGAAGGGACAGCGACGCGAGGAAGCGGGGAGAGCCUUAAGAGUCUCGGCAGGUGGAGAGGGCAUGGGCGCGUAGAAAGGGAGAGGCGGGCGGGGAGCUGUGAUGUUGCUGCUGUUGCUACUGCCCAGGGCCGCGCUGGGCCCGCGUGCGGCCCGCGCCGUCUCCACGUGGUCGCCAGUGGGCGCCGCGUUCAACGCGCGGCAGCAGCGGACCGCGGAGAGGCCGGGAGCGGGGACCCAGGGUCUCUUUGGGGUUCCCGAGCUGAGCUCUCCUUCCGGGUUCCGCAUUGCCCAGCGGGAAGCACUGGCGGCCACCGAGCGGCUGGUGGAGGAUGCAUGCCGUGCCCCGCCAGGUCCUCGCGUUGUGCAAAUCUUUGACAAGCUCUCCGACAGCCUCUGCCAAGUCGCUGAUCUGGCCGAUUUUGUUCGUGUCGCUCAUCCCAGCGCUGAGUACCGAGAUGCGGCAGACGAGGCCUGCAUGACCAUAGGCACUGUGGUGGAGAAGCUGAACACGAAUGUGGAUCUUUACAAGUCUCUCCGAAAUGUUCUGGAUGAUAGGAAUAUUGCAAAUUCCUUGGAUCAUGAAACAAGAAGAGUGGCAGAGCUCUUCCUUUUUGACUUUGAAAUCAGUGGAAUCCACCUCGAUAAAGAAAAGCGCCAAGAGGUGGUUGGACUUCACGUCGACCUCCUGGAUUUAAACAGCGAAUUCCUGACGGGGACCCACACGCCGAACCGCGUGGACAUGCGUGCGCUGCCGCCCCACCUGCAUCGGUGCUUCUCGCUUCAGGGGAACUACGUUUACAUCAACGGCUUGUACUCCGACUCUCCAGAUCACCUGGUGCGAGAGGCCGCAUACCGGAUCUUCUUGUAUCCAAACGAGGCGCAGCUGGCGAGGCUGGACGCGCUGCUCUCAUGCCGACACCGCAUGGCCCGGCUGGUGGGAUACGAGAGCUUUGCUCACCGGGCCCUGCGGGGCACCAUGGCGCGCACGCCCGAAAAUGUGACCGACUUUCUGGGGAAGCUGUCCACGCGACUUCAAGACAAAACGCGGAACGAUUACGAAAUGAUGAGGGGCACGCAAGCGAAAUUACACCCGGGCAGCGGCGAAUUAAUGCCGUGGGAUCACCCAUACUACAGCGGUGUCUUAAGAGCAGAGAGGUACAACAUCGAGCCGAGCCUCUACAGCCCGUUCUUCUCGUUGGGUUCCUGCAUGGAGGGUCUAAAUCAGCUCUUCACGCAGCUCUUUGGCGUGUCUCUCUACGCGGAGCAGCCCAACAGUGGGGAGCUGUGGAGCGAGGAUGUGCGCAAGCUGGCAGUCGUGCAUGAAACGGAGGGGCUACUGGGAUACAUUUACUGCGAUUUCUUCAGCCGCCCAGGAAAGCCUCAGCAGGACUGCCACUUCACGAUCCGUGGGGGGCGCCAGCUGGAGGAGGGCGGCUACCAGCUACCCGUGGUGGUGCUGAUGCUGAGCCUGCCGAGCCUCGCACAGGGCAGCGGCGGCGCCCCGACGCUGCUCUCCCCGGGCUCCAUGGAGAACCUCUUCCACGAGAUGGGCCACGCCAUGCACUCUAUGCUGGGGCGCACGCGCUACCAGCACGUCACCGGCACAAGGUGUCCUACAGACUUUGCUGAAGUUCCGUCCAUUCUCAUGGAGUAUUUUGCCAGUGACUACCGCGUGGUGUCUCAGUUCGCCAGGCAUUACCAAACGGGCCAGCCGCUGUCAAAGAGCAUGGUCACGCGUCUGUGCGAGUCGAAGAAAGUGUGCGCGUCGUCGGAUUUACAGCUUCAGGUUUUUUACUCCAUGCUGGACCAGCUCUACCAUGGUGAACACCCUCUCAACAAGUCCACCACCGAGACCCUGAUGGAGACCCAUAGAAAAUACUACGGCCUGCCCUAUGUCCCCAACACGGCUUGGCAGCUGAGGUUUAGCCACCUGGUGGGCUACGGAGCCAAGUACUACUCCUACCUGCUGUCUCGCGCUGUGGCCAGCAUGCUGUGGCGGCAGUGCUUUAACCGAGAUCCCUUCGACAGAGCUGUUGGGGACCGAUAUCGCAACGAGAUGUUGGCGCAUGGAGGAGGGAAAGAGCCGAUACUGAUGGUAGAAGGGAUGCUUCAGAAGAGGCCGACUGUCGACGACUUUGUCGACGCUUUGGUCAGUGACCUGGACCACGACUUUGAGGCAUUUAUCAUGGACUCGGAAUAAAAUAUUGGGUUCCUCCUGCAUCAUUUCAUCGGUGUCUUUGUAGGACUUUAAGAAAGUAAGGGACCCCUGGGAUUAUUUAUCUUUUGGUUAAUUGAAAACCUGAAUUCAUGUAAUCACUUAGGGUUGAAUUUUUUUAUGCUCUUUGGUUCUUUCGGUAAUGUCACGUAGAAAGAAUAUAAAUUAAAUAAUAGAAUACAACUUUUAGAUAACAACACAAGCAGUCGUAAUCAGAUAGAACUAAAAAAGAGAUAAAACACAGACACGGAGACACACAGACAGACACACAAGCAGAGAGAGACACAAAAUAGAGAGGGACACACAACAUAGACACACAGAGACUCUCUGUAUGUCUAUGUUAUGUGUCUCUGUGUGUCUCUGUGUCUGUGUUUUGUCUCUCUUUCAAAUUUAGUUCUACCUGAUGACGACUGCUUUUGGUGCAAUCGAAACGUCGUAUUCUAUUAUUUAAUUUAUUUUCUUUUUACGUGACUUUACCGAAAGAACCAGAGUAAUUCCUGCAGUCACGAAAGCUUCAAAUCAAGUUUUUGUUUAUGUUUUAGCAAUUCCCAGAUAAGCGCCUGGUUGCUGAUUGUCCCACGCUAGCCACUGUGUAACGGGCUCAUUGGCAUAAGUAGCGACCGCAGGUUGCCUAACCAGCCACGUGUUUGCGUUGCGUGAACAUGCGCAUUUCACACCGCCACAGUAUCCACGCCUUGGAAUUGUAAACAUAACAUUUACAUUCAAAUGUAACGCGGGCAUGUAAAAACGUGUUUUGCAUUUUAAAUGAUAAAGUUCCUGCGUACACGAA